UCUCUCACAUGCUAGUUGAGCGUUAAUAGGGUGGGGAGUAAUGGAGAACUCAUCGAAUCUGUAAUAGCUCUUCACUUGACUGCAGCCAGCAAUAACAGCAGGAGCAGGCAGAGAUAAGAGAGAGGAGAGAGAGGGAGAGAGAGAGAGUGUGUGUGUGUGUGUGUGUGUGGAAGAGAGAGAGGGAGAGGGAGAGAGGACACGCUCUCUAAAGCUGCCACUUUUUUCCUCCCCUUCGCUCUUUCCCCCCAUCCUAGGAUCCAAUGAUAGCCGGACAAGUCAGUAAGCCCUUGCUGUCAGUGCGGAGUGAAAUGAAUGCGGAGUUGAGAGGUGAGGACAAGGCUGCUACUUCAGACAGCGAGCUGAAUGAGCCCCUGCUUGCGCCCGUGGAAUCAAAUGACAGCGAGGACACUCCCAGCAAGCUCUUCGGGGCCAGAGGAAACACAGUCCUAUCAGAGCCAGGAACUCCUGACCAGCACCAGGCCAGUCAGACCCACCCCCCAUUUCCCGUUGGGCCACAGCCACUUCUGACAGCACAGCAGUUAGCCUCUGCUGUGGCCGGGGUGAUGCCGGGAGGCCCCCCAGCCCUCAACCAGCCCAUCCUCAUCCCCUUCAACAUGGCGGGACAGCUGGGUGGUCAGCAAGGCCUGGUUCUCACACUGCCCACAGCGAAUCUCACAAACAUCCAAGGGCUGGUAGCAGCAGCUGCAGCUGGAGGCAUCAUGACUCUGCCAUUGCAAAAUCUACAAGGUAACAUCAUGCCCAGGUGCGGUGCAGUGCUCCACUCACUGGCCGACUUCUCUGAAAUGGACAAAAAGCCCCCUGAAUGGGGACGGUAGCUUAGGGGGUCUUCUAUCAUAAACGGCAUAAAGGGCCUCUACAGAAAGCAAUCUUUUCAGUUGUUUAUGAAUCCUGAGCUUGUUCAAGCCAUGGUUUUAUCAACCCUCAUUUCCUCACAUGGACAGCAAAGCUUUUCAGGUCCUCUGGAAGUACUCAUGAGCAACUAUUGCAGGGUACAACAUCAUUUAAAUGUAAAAUUAUUGCAUUGUUAUUUGAAGACACAGUCAUAAUCUGACAAGGCAUUCAGUUUGACCACAUGCAAGGAAAGUUUGGAUGUUCCUUAUAUCUGUUAAGUGGUUGGGACACCACAAAUACAAAGUGUCAUUUGAAAUGAUUAAUUUAAUGAUUAUUUUGCUACUAAAUAGGCUUUAGAUAUAAGUGUUAAUCACAGAUUGUAUUAUUUGGGCUUUUUUGGUAGAAGGAGGACUUGGUAGAAGGGAGAAGUUUUUUUCUAUAGUUCAAAAUUUUCAACUUUUCUUAGAAAUUUUGAUAACACCAACACUGGUUGAUUUCUAAAUUAUUCAUCAGAGAAAUAAUAACUAUGGUGAAAAACAUUCUGAAUAUAAUAUAAUGUCUGGUACAAAAAAAAAUCCAACUAUUUACUUUGGGAUACUUAAAGCAGUUGACAUCUUAAUUUACAUAAAUAUAAGCUUUUUUGUUUGCAGAAUGAAGGUUUGUCUAGGUAAGUUCUCAGAAUAACAAUUUAAAGCACUUUUUAAAUUGUCUAGAUGUUAGAUGUUUAUAUAGUUUAUUAAAUUGGUGAGAACAUCCAUUCACACACUGAAGAACAACUAAGAACCAGUGAAUCUUGGACCUCUUUGCAGUCUGUGUGUUCUGAUAUCCCAUCCAUUGUUGCUACUUCUUAACUUUCAGUUUAAUGUUUAAAACAAAAGUCUCUCUUAUACCAUUAAAUUGUGCCAAGAACCUUGCCAUUCAUAAAUCAUGUAUGCUCAGGAUACACUAAUGCAUGAACUUUGCUUGUUUCAAAUUUGAGUGCCUGGGAAGCCAGGAACUUGAGAUUAAGCAAAUAAAGCAGGAAUCCACAAGGUGAAAGCAGAAGCAACAAAGUGUAGGGCCAGGCUUCUUAAUGUAGGUGGAUGAUGAAAUCUUAAUGAAGAAACAGGCAUUAUCAAAAUGCAACCUUCCAUUUGGAACAUGUGUGCUUAUGGGAAUAUUGAAUAUUAUAAAUAAACAUCAGCUUGCAGAGCUCCUAGGCUGUGAAUUAAUUCUGCUUGGUUAAGAUGGACACCAAAGUCCAAGUGAAAAAAAGGAAGUCUUUUUAUACUUUCAUUGUAGCUCAGUGUUGUUGGGAUUUUUAGUGCCUGCUAUUCUAGGGUUUCAAGAUCAGUGCUGGCCUAGUGUGCAGCACAGCCUUCUCCAUUUUGUUUUUGAUGUCAAGUUUAAGUAUGAGCUUACCAUUUAGACCUCUGGACUCUGGCGCUUUCAUGUCAAACCUGUGUUUGUGCCCUGUGUGAGGGCAGCAGAAGCAUUUGUUCUUUUUAUUCUUUGGUCCCCUUGGCAAAUGUUCCCAUCAGCAUUGACUUCAGAAGUGUAUUUGUGUUCUCAACCAAGCUCAUGUCAGCCACAGAAUUGUGAACAAAUAUUUCUCCCUUUGAAGUCAUCUUUAAAAUUUCAGUGUUUCUAGAAGGGAGGUGAUGAGCUCACUAAUGUGAAAUGCCUAUCAGUAAGUCAGCUGACUAGGGGGAAGUUUCCCUCAUUGAUCUUAACAUCAAGCCCCUCCUCUAACAUCCUCUCUUUUAAGGUCCAAAUCAACACCAGAUAUGGAAGUUCGACUUAUGGUUUCCUUAGGCUUUCCUGAUCCUUCCCUAUCCUCUCACAUGAUGUCUCAACACCCAGACCUCACUAACCAAAGACAUAAGCCUCCUGGUUUACUGGCAACUGGGAUAUUUCCAAGGAUAUAGUAUCUUCAGGGUUAAAAUCAGGAAAUUUCCAGGAAAAUUAGAAAGAUUUUGUUGCCCAGUGAAAAGUCCAAGGAUGAUAAGGAUGAUAAGCAGAAAGUUUAUCUCUAAGGUGACCAAGAUCAAUGUACACGACUUGAAGAGCAAUGUCAGAUAUCACCUGGAAAUCAGUCCACCAGCACUCAGCCCAAGGCUGAUCUUAACACCUUUCGGUGACCUAUAGCAGUGGUUCUCAACCUGUGGGUCACAACCCCUUUGG